AUGGAGACCUGGAGGCAUUACUAUAAUAUCGUUUACAAAAUAUCAUCGCUCAACGGUACGUGGCCGUAUCUGAAACCGAGAGCAAGGAUAUUUCGCGUUGCUGUUACGACUAUAAUCAUCGUGACUGUACUCGUUCCGCAGUUUGCUUAUCAAUUUAUGUGCAAGACAAAUGUGCAAUGUAUUUGCGAGGCGAUGACAUCGUAUUUACUGACAUGUACUUCUUUGUUAAAAAUGUACACGUGUCAAUUAAAUAUACGCACGAUCAAAAGCCUUACUCAACACUUAUUCACCGACUGGAAGGGAUUGAAAACUUCCGAAGAAUACGAGAUUAUGAAAUUAUACGCAGAGAACAGUAGACGAUUUUGUGUGGCGUAUACGGGUGAGAAGCGAUGA